CGGCUAUCCUAAUGUAAUACGCCCACCGAGCGACCGCGACGUCAACCGCGUAGAUAACAGUGCUGAUACGAGCAGAGUUGUGUUGUGUUUUUCAUUUUGAUAACGAUAAUUAAUUGCAGUGAUAAGUGGCGGCUUGUGGAUUUGUAAUUAGCUCGCGAGUUUGCAAACGUCAGAUUCAAUCGGGUUCAUCAGGAUAAAUCGUAAUCUGCGUUAGACUACCUCUGGUUUUGGCUGUCUCGGCCCCAUGAAAUCUGUUCGUUUGUCUUGAGUGUAACCGGGGGUCGCCGUUGGUGUCUGCCUGUAGCUGCUAGUGCAAUCUUUCGUCCUUUCACGAUCUCUUGACUCGCACAGGAGCCACAAACCACAUUAUGUCGGACACAGAUUCUAUCAAAACUGAUAAAUCACAGUCAGAAUUGCAACAGAAGUAUGAUAAAUUAGCCAUGGAGUUUGCCAAAGCCAGAAUGCAAUUGAAUGUUUUAAAAAAAGCAUAUACUGCAAAAACUUCUAAAUUAGACCAUAGGAGUAUUGAAUCUCUGGAUCAAUUUGAAAGCUCUAAAUAUGAUUCAAUGUCUACGAGUAGCUUGGAAAUCCAAGAGAAUUUUAACAAAACAAAUCAAGUAAAUUCUAAAGGAAAAGGAACAGAUGAAUUAAAAUCUAAAGAUGUCCAGUUCUUAAGACAAGAUAUCAACUCUAUGCACCAAUAUAUACAACGGGUAUUAAACUCCACAAAUUCAAGUCAACUUGAUUACAAUCUUAUUAUGUCAGAAAUUGAGUACUGUAAAGGCUUACAAAAUAGUAGUCCGAAUAAUUUGUGUGAAGUACUCAAUGACGAAUUGACAGCAUUAAAAUGUUCUGUUACUGAUUGUUUGUACAACAUAUUGUAUAAUAAACUUGAAUCUCGAACUAAAAUUAACACUGAAGAUUCUAGCAACACUUAUCUCCAUCACUAUUGUUUGGACAAUGAUUAUAAAUCUGACGAAGACAGAUUACAAAAAGUUUUUGUUACAUUGGUUCUCCACUUUUUUCUUUCAUUUAUUAUACAUCUUAAUGAUGUUUUACAAGAUUUGCUCAAAGAUAUUAACCUUAAAGAUGCUUCACUUGCUUUACAAAAAAGUUUAAAAUCAUUAACAAAUAAAUUGCAUAGUAAUUCUUUGGUAUUAGAAAAAAUUCUAACUUACAGUGAAGAUUUAAAAACAUUUAAAUUUGAUACUCAACAUAUUGUUAUGGAAAAUAUUGUGCUAUUCAUAUCAAAUAAAUAUGUUGAAUGUGUAAAUUCUAUUAAACACUUCAUAAAAUCAGAUAAUACUAUUCACAUUGAUUGUUCAUCUUUACGUCAAAGCAUGAUAUCGUUUAUGGCAUUAAAGUUUCCUAUUGGAGAGUUAAUUAACUCAGGCGAAUAUUUGAAUCCAACCAAUAUAAACAAGAAAUUGGACGGUGCUUGUGAUAUUAUACAUACUCUGUUACGUGCCAUAAAUUUAUUUGAGUUUGAAUAUUUGUAUAAAUUUAGCCAAAUGGAUAUGCAUUGGCAUAUGAGAAAUCCACUGUUACAUGUGAAAUAUUCAAAACAAGCUAAAGAGGAAUUAAAUUCACCAUCAAUUUCUCAAAAUAGCUACAAAAGUAUAAUUCAGGUUUAUAAUGAAAAAUUAAAUGAAGAGAUGAACAGGUCAUUAUCAUUAGAACAAGAAAAAAUCCACUGGGAAAAUGAGUAUAAACUUCUAUGUAAAAAAAAGGAAAAUAUACCAUUUGACUUUAAAGACAAACAUUCUACAGCUUUGGAGUCAUUAGUGGUGGAAAAUGAAUUGGGAAAAUGCGAGUCAGUUUUACAGUUCAAUGACCAAGCAUUGGCUAGAGAAAAAGAACUCAAAUGUUAUUUUGAAAAAAAAAUCAACAAUUUGAUUUCGACAAAUAAAGAAUUAUCUAGCCAAAGCAAUGCUUAUGCUAUGGAGAUCACCGCAUUGAAAACGCGAUUGGACCAUAGCAUAUUUGUACGUAAUGAUCUGGAAAUAAAGCUACAUGAGGCAUCGGAGCACAUUGAUGAUCUGAAAGAGGAAUUUCACUUGACAUCUACAAAUUACGAGACUCAACUUAGAGCUAUGACCGAACAUUUAGCUAGUUUAAACGAGACAGUUGUGUUAGAGCGGCGGCAUAUAGAUGAUCUUAAUAACCAAUUGAAAAUGAAAGCAAGCAAAAAGAAGUCUUCCAAAUGAAUAUCAUCAGUAUUAAGUACAAUUAUAUAAUAUAUAUAUAUUAACUAUUUUAUUUUAUAACAUAAUAUUAUAUUAUAAUAAUUUAUUGAUAGUUUUGUAUGUUAUUUAAUAUUAUUGUCUCAUCAUAUAUAAUAUUAUUAUAGUAUUUUGUAUAAAUAAUUUUUUGAAACAUAUUUAUCAAAAUCUUACCUAUCAACGUUAACAUAUUGUGAUAUUUCAGUAAUUUCUCAUCUUUAAUAGUACUGUAUUCUAUUGAAUAGUUUUCAUUUUUAAUUAUUAUUAUUGUCAACUAUAAUUAUUUUAUUAUAUAAACUAUGUGAACAUAUUUCUACUAAAUGUCAUGUGUAUUGUGUGGAUACAUAAUUUAUUAAAUAGUUUAUUAUAAUACUUAUACAUAUGUCAUAUAUUAUACCUACAAAUUUAAGUAUACCUAUUACAGUUAAUUAUAUUUCUAUAUUUAUCUAUGAAUCCGCAUUAUUUAGCUUUUUUUGGAUUAAUAUACAUUUUUCUUUUAAUUAUUUUUGAAUACCUAUUGAAAAUAUACUACAAUGAAUGUCUACUUUUGAUGUGUUAACAUUUUUACGCUCCACCUCCCAAAAAAGAGUGUAUGUAAAGAAAUGGGUCUAGAGAAAAUUGGUAUUAAUUCGAUGUCACGAAAAAUUGUAACGGAAGUUUAAUGGUUGCCAUGGUUGCCCACCAAUAAUUUAUUACAAUGUAAUAUUUUUUUAAUACAAUGUUAUAUUUUAUUAUUAUAUUAUAUAUUUAUAUCUUCAGAGAGUGCUACACAGUGGCAACAAAUACAGUGAGUCCAUAUUAGAUGUUAACACAUCAAUAUUGAGCUUCAGAUACAAACUCUAACACACACAUUUUUUUAUUAU